AUGACCUGGCAUGACAUCACCAAUGGCUGGGGUGCCUAUAAAAACGAGGGUAUUGCUGCAGACCGGAGACAUUAUUGGGUGGAUCUAGAGGAAAUUGUAACAUUGUUAAAAAAUCAUUUUGCACCCACCCCUUCAGAAACAGUUCAGCGAUUUCAUUUUAAUAGGAGGAACCAAAAACUAGAUGAAAGUAUUGCAGCUUACAUUGCAGAACUUCGAAGGCUGUCUGAAAACUGCAAUUUUGGUAACAGUUUGGAUUCCUUGCUGAGAGACAGACUUGUAUGCGGGGUCAGAGAUGAGACUCUUCAGAGGUGGCUCUUAGCAAAAUCAAAUUUAACAUUUGCCUUAGCUCAGGAAGAAGCACUUGCAUAUGAGGCUGCAUCAGUACACUCAAAAGAAAUACAGGAAUCAUCUAUUAAAUUGUGCACAUCAGAAAGCCAUCAGUUGCAAAAUAAAACCCCAAAAGCAAAGUCUUAUUUCUUACACUCAGACAUUUUGGACCCCACUCAAGGAAAUUGCAAUAGUUGUGGGGGGAAUCACAGACGUGACGUUUGCCGUUUCAGAGAAGCUGUAUGUCAUAAAUGUAAGCGCCAUUGGCAUCUACAGAUAGUAUGUCACCAGGUGGCUUAUCCAGUGAAAGUCAAGCCAGCAAGUGCAAGUUCAUCUCAUAAAGUAGAACAAAGGGGUGCAGCUGCAGAAAGUUUUGAAGAUGGACGUGAUACAAGUGUCUAUUCUGCAGAAAUCAUCAACAGUGUGGGAGAUUGUACAACCAGACACAAGACAUACACUCGUCACAUUAGAAGGAGUGCCAUGCAGGAUGGAAGUGGACUCAGGAUCCAGCUUGCUACAAGAAUAUCUUAUGGAAAUUGGAUGUCAAUGAAAAAUAAGGUAAACUGCAUCUGUUAAACUUGUAAUUCAUUUGUAGCAUCUGUCUUUCACGUGUAUCUUUUUUUUCUUUCCUUCUUUUCCUAGGACAUCCCUACUGGUUCAGUAGCUUGUCAAAUAUACAUGUUGAUGGUAUUUGAAUAUUAACUGUAGGCUUUGUGUAACGUUACAUUUAUGUUUAGAUUGUAUAGGAUUUCAGUACUUUUUCCUGUUGUCCUCUGUCAAUAUGCACUUUAUCUGACCAUGGAAGAACCCUUUGAUUUUACUGUCAGUCUUUUAAAGAUGCUGAUAAUAAAAAUAUGUGUAGUAUACUUUUAGCCAUGUCAUUCAUUUAGUGUUCUCCACUAUUAUUGGCACCACUUGUAAAAAUUAGUAAGAAGGUUUAGAAAAAAAAAUCCCUGUUUGCUGA